UGAUCCUGAGAUGCACGCUGCCAGCACGUUUCCUUGAGCCACACUACAGCUCCUUCCAAACUUUUUAUCAUCCUUAUAUUUUCAUUUUCUCUUCUGUUUGUCUCUUGACGAUAUACUACGAUAUACUACAAGCUGUCUCAAUUUCCAUUAAUCACCAUAUUUCAUGUCCACGAUCCACUCCAGCUCGGAAACGACAGCCAAUUCGCCAACUCCGAUCAGUCCUUUCUCAACUUAUUCAGCUGCUAUCAGUGACGCAACCUCAGAUGAAUCACCCGACCUCGGGGCUUUCACCACUGUCUUUAGGGCCCUCAACCACCUUCAGCCAUUCGUUCCUAGAGGGGCUGCCUAUGAUAUUCACACAGAACUUGAUACUCCCAACUCUACCGACCCCGGUCCCCUCUCUUCGCUUCCGACUGACUCAGAAGUCAUCGAAGGCUCUACGGUAUGGAACCAGAGCAUGCUAGCGGCCUAUCUCGCAUCCUCGAACUCCUCGCACACACGUUCUACCUUGACCGGCUUGACCGCAAGUCCACGUCUUAUGAAUCCUGACGACAACAAUAACAACAAUGACGCUGAUGAUUCUGGAGAGGAGACGGAGGGUGAACCUCAACCGCUCACGUUCACGACGCCUAGUCGAUCGCAUUCUCAUCACUCGGACGCAGAUCUGAGUCAUGAUCAUUCCUUUUCGGAGGGCGAUAUUGAAUUGGGCGACCAACCUAGUCUUGGCAACCUCGGUGGCGCGUUUUCUUUCCUCGCGGCAGAGCGUGCUAGGCUUGCUGCCCGUGACCGUGGCGCGUGCAAAGAUAGCUCCACGAGCGAUGGCGCGUGGAGAAAUGAGGUGGACCCUCGCCGUACGAGAAAACGGCGAAGGAAGAAGGCGAAAGUGGUUCAUAUCAUGCAGCGAGAACGAGAGAAUGUGGAGCAGGAGAGUACGAGCCAUACCACGGGAACUAGCACAAUACUGGACGCAUCUGGGACGACUGAGGUAGUUGCUAUCUCCCACCCAGAUCCGGAACCCGACACGGAAGGCUUGUCGUCUUCUGGGGAUAACGCUGUUGCCACCGUUCCGUCGACGCCUGCUCACAAGCCAUCAUUAAAUAAGCUGCGGCACAGUCGUUCCACCCCAUCAUUGCAUCUAUCACAGAUACCCGCAAACCCUCAAAUCCUCAAGCUACGUUGCCUUGCCCAUAAGUUACGACUCAAGUUCCCGGAGGACUACGAACGCGUCACUGCCUUGCUCACGCAGGACUUUAGCGGCGGCGAUUCUGACUUUUCGGACCCUAGGGGUCCAGCCCCGCGACCUAGAGAUUCUUUGAUUCAUGUUUUUGUUGAUCACUCGAAUAUUCUCAUUGGAUUCUUAACCUACGCUCGCCGUCACACCUCUCACUCGAGUCGGAAACGACGUCUUUCCCAUGCAGCCCUCGCCCUGCUUCUCGAACGCGGACGCCCCAUCACACGGCGUUGCCUAGUCACUUCCUCUCCACUAUAUCAGCCAAUGGAUGCAGCAGAACAACUUGGAUAUGAAGUCCGCGUUUUUGCCCGUGUGCCAGACAGUGGAUCCGGUCAAGACCGUCGUCCACCAAGUUCGAACGCCAACGCAGAGUCAUGGCGCAAAGGACACGCACGAGGGUCAUCAGACUCCGACAAAGGCACAGGCUUGACUGCGUCUGGCAGUGUGAACCUCCGCAACGCUCGCGUCCGCUACCGAGAGCAGGGCGUAGACGAGCUGUUGCAGCUGAAGCUGCAUCAGGCCAUCGCGGACGCGGACGUACCACGUCCAGGUGCAACGAUAGUGCUAGCGACUGGUGACGGGAACGUUGGGCAGUUCAGCGACGAGGGGUUCCUUGGUCCUGUGCGAACUGCGCUGAAGAAGGGGUGGCGCGUGGAGCUGUAUGCAUGGGAGGAAGGUUUGAGCCGUGCGUGGAGGAGGGAGUUUGGGGAGGGUACGCCUUGGAAGGAUAGGUUUCGGAUUAUCAAGAUGGAGGAUUUUGGGGAGGAUUUAUUGGAGGUUGAAUAGGGGGUGAGUCUCGCGUGUGUGUUUUAUGGGUGUAUGUUUUUUAUUGUUAUGCGCGUUGUUGUGAUGGGCUAUUUUGGAUGGUAGGCUUUAUACUGGCCUAGGGUGGCUUGUUUUUUUUAUCGCUGUGUAUCUGCAUCAUAAAUUUGCAUCUCAAGCUGUUAGGCCUUUAGGCCUUAGGAGUUACUAGUUAUGUAGAACAUGAAAUAUGUUAUCGUGUAUGUAUCUAGCUAUAACUAGCGUCCAGCAUGAAUAUUGCAAUCUUGACUCUUCUCCGUACGCUAA